UCAGAGCGGAGAAAGUGACGUUUGUGAGGUUUCCGGUUUACGAAGGACACCUGAAGGCACCUCAACUUUAUUCAGGAAGGCUUCAGCUCAGACGUACGCCGAGUCGGUCUGAAAACUCAAGGAUUUAAAGCAGAAUUCCCUCUACGCUCCGCCGACCUCCAUCAUGACGUCCACAUCCGUCACCACAGUGGGUGGAGUCACGAUCAUAACACAAGUCAUCCCCAAAGAUGACGCCUCCAUCCCCCUGCAGACUCCUGCCAGUCCCACAGCGCGGGCUCUGAACCCCGUCCCAAAGACCCCGCCUCACCCCUCUGAGAAAGGCAGCAAGGAGACCACCUUCCUGCGGGGGGAGCCACAGGGCCUUGGGGUCGUUCAGAUCUUCAUCGGCGUGCUGUGUGUUCUGUUCAGUCUGACGGUGUUAUCCACAAGGGCUCUGAUCAUCUAUGUUCCAUUUGCCCUUGGUGUUUUGUUUGUGGUGUCCGGCUCUCUGGCUGUGGCGACAGGAAGACACUCUUCAGUCAAACUGGUCUGGGUGUCUCUGGUGUCCAACGUGUUCAGCGUCCUGCUCGGCGUGGCUGGGGUGACCUACGACUGCGUGCUGCUGGCCAGUGGCCGACCUUCCGAGAUGUUCUGCAACUUCCAGACUUCCAAUGUCGACUUCCAAACCCCGAACGUGACCGACAGCGCCGUGGAUAAAUGGAAGCUGAGAUGCCCUCGAGACCUGAGGAUGCUAGAUGAGCUCCUUUACGGCCUCAUGGGCGUCUUCCUGGUCCUGCUUGUCCUGCAAGUGUCUGUCUCCAUCACUGUGUGUGUCUUCUCUGGAAGAAUGAUCAGAAGCCACAAGCGUUACUCCAGUAUUGUGGAGGAGGAUGACAGCUGCUCUCUUCCUUCUGGAGCGUCUGAAUGUAGCACCGAGAACAACCACCGAUCUGAAUCCCCCUGAGGAGAAAAGUCUGAAUAUUGUUAGACUGCAGUGAAACCACUAAACUGUGUCAUAACUCUUCUGUCAACAUAUUUUUUUUGUAUUUUCACUGUUCUGCUUGUUUGCUUUUACAACACACUUUUCAAUUUGUGUUGGGAAAUAUGCUAAAACUUUGUGUUUUAAGGAAUUGUUCUAAUAAAGCCUUCAGUGGAGUUAAUUUAGUGCCAAAAUGAUCCUGUCGUGGGAAAAAAAAAAAAGUUCCUACAACUCUAGUACUCAAAGCAAUCCUCAAAUCCACAGAUGUGCCUGCAGCGGGAAAUGCAAUACAAUGAAAUCAGGUCAUCUCUGAUUCUCCUGUAGUUUUAUCAGUCAAACAGAUACAAUUUUGUAAAAUUAGAAUUAGAUUUAAUCUUACAUGGUAGUCUGUAAAUUGGGUGGAGGGAGGGGGUAAUUUUGAGUUUCCAUAUUUACUCAGUAUCUGUGUUAAAAAGCAUCUUUUUCAAUGUAAUUUGCAGAUAGAGACAUUAAGGCAACAUGGGCGUCUCUGUCAACACUUGGAUUGAAAAUGGUGGCUGAAUAAUAAAACUCAACACCGAAUGUGUGGAAUGUU